AUUUUGCUUGGCAAACCACCGAUCCAACCUCGUCGAGAUCAACGGGUAAAGAUCGAUCUGCCGCCCGUUCGCUUGUUGGAUCAGUCUUGGGAUGAAAUGGCCAAAGCGGUGUUAAGACACCCAACGGUUGCUAAUAAACAGUUCCUGAUUACGAUUGGUGAUCGUAGUGUAACAGGCCUCGUGGCACGCGAUCAAAUGGUCGGACCGUAUCAGGUGCCAGUUUCUGAUUGUGCUGUGACUAGCCGUGAUUAUGCUGGUGUUGCAGGAGAAGCUAUGGCCAUGGGGGAACGCACACCUUUGGCUGUGAUCAAUGCUAAAGCUGCCAGUCGCAUGGCGGUGGCUGAAAGUAUCACCAAUAUUGCAGGGGCUGACGUCAAUGGUAUUGAUAAAAUUAAGCUUUCUGCAAAUUGGAUGGCUGCUUGUGGGGUGGCAGGACAAGAUGCUGCGUUGUAUGAUGCUGUGCAAAGUGUCGGUUUAGAAUUAUGCCCAGCUUUAGGAGUGAGUAUUCCAGUUGGUAAAGACUCACUUUCUAUGAAAACAACGUGGCAAGAGCAGUCAGAAGAAAAAAGUGUUGUUUCACCUGUUUCCCUGAUUGUUACUGCAUUUGCUCCUGUUGAAGAUGUUCGCCAAACUGUGACGCCAGAACUUAAAGCUCUUGAUCAGGAAACGGUUGUUUUGUUCAUUGACUUAGCUAAAGGCAAAAAACGUUUAGGUGGCAGUAUUGCAGCGCAAGUUGUUAAUCAAUACGGUGAUCAGGUUCCAGAUGUUGAAGAUCCAGUGUUGCUCAAAAAUGCAUUUGCUGCCUUGCGCCAGCUCAAAGAUGAACAAUUGGUCUUAGCUUAUCACGAUAAAUCCGAUGGUGGAUUGUGGGCAACCUUAUGUGAGAUGAGUUUUGCCAGCCAUACAGGAAUUUCACUGCAAGUCGACAAUUUGUUGAUUGAUUCUGUUGAUCAAAUGGGCAUUGAUGAUGCCAAAAACUGGACGGAGCAAGUGUCGGGCACUCGUCCAGAAAGAAUCAUGCGUGCGCUGUUCAAUGAGGAAUUAGGGAUGUGUAUCCAAGUGUUGCGUGCGAAUCGUUCUCGUGUCGUUGAUAUUCUUCGUGAGCAUGGUCUAUCACCCUUGACUCAGCAAAUUGCGACUCCUAAUCAAGAGGAUACCAUAGAAAUUUACGUGGAUGGUAAAGUAUUCUAUCGCGAAAGUCGAGUUGCUUUACAAGACGAAUGGCAAAAAGUGAGCUAUCACAUCGCUAAAAUGCGCGACAAUCCAGAAUGUGUUGACGCCGAGUAUGCCAAGAUGAGUACCAAAGAAGGCCUAGUGGCUCAACUCUCUUUUACCAUGCCUCUGAGCAUGCCUGUGAUCGGUGGCGUAAAACCUAAAAUGGCCAUCUGGCGUGAGCAAGACAUGGCAGGAAGCGUACUCCCCAUCGUCGUCUCUCAUGGAGAAGGGCGUGCUCAGUUUGCUGAGUACAUCGACCCAAAAUCCUUGCCUAUUACGCUUCAAUAUGUUGAUUCUCAAGGAAAACCAACGCAAUCUUAUCCGGAAAAUCCCAAUGGUUCACCUGAUGCUAUAGCUGGUAUGACGACCCGUGAUGGUCGAGUCACGAUUAUGAUGCCCCAUCCAGAGCGC